AAUUGGGGAGAUCUCUCAUGUACUAAAUGACAUCAAUUGAUUCAUAUAAAAGGUAGAUUAUGGCGAGAUUCAAACAAUAAAUUAUUUUGUCAGCUAGAAAGAACAUUGUGAUAAUUAGACAAAAAUAUGAAAAACAAUUUAGCAUCAAAAGUAUUUAAGAAAAUUUGUCACAUCUAUACUUGUAGACAAUUAACAGGACUAUUUCUAACUGUUAUGUUAGCAAUGUCAAAUGCAAAUCCUAUUUUGCAAGCAUCACUUCAACCUGAAAAACCAUGUAAUGUUCUUAAUAAAGGAGGAAAAUUUGUGAUUCAGCCAAAAGAUGUUACGAUGGAUGACCUUAUCAAACGAACAACAGGUGUCAAUGACACUGCUAAAAGGAUCAAAGACUUUAUAAAAACGGAAAUACAAGAAACAAAUUUACCAACAUUCAACUUCAUAUCAAAAGAAGAAUUUACAGUUACUGACAAAAAGAAAACAAAAGCAUCGACAAAUUUUAGUUUAGCUUUGAAAGACCACUACAAACUACUGUCGAAGCUUAUAAGUUACACAGAAUAUGCAAGAACUAGUGAUAGAAUAGGAAAGCAACACGAUAGACCGGAAACACUAAAAGGCAAGCUUCGUGCUCUUGAAGAUCAACUAUACCAGAUCAUGUGCGACAUCAAAAUAGCACUAAUAGGACAAAAUGAUACCGCAAAAUUAACUGUUUCUGAUGAACUAGUGUCGCCUAGAUUCAAAGCCCAUGCAGAAGCAGAAUACAACGAAACAAAGAGGGCAUAUUACCUUAUGAAUGAUUGUCAGGACAUUAUGGGGUUUUUAAAGCAAAUGUUCACUGUGAUGUAGAACUUGUAUACCUUUGUCGAUAUAUUGUACAGGUUUAAAUGCAAAUACGCAAAUAUUUCGCGGAAAAACGUGAUUUUAUCAUAUACUUUUGACAGAUUUUACACUGUGUGCGUGAGAACCAGAAAGAUAGACGCAUGCAUAGGCAAUACGAAAGAUAGUUACUAGUCGUGUUGCGACCGUCAACUUUAUUGAUGCAUGUUUUGAAAAACGUUAUUGUAUUCUCGCCCAACUCACGUUCUAGCUUUUGAAUUACAGAUGUUUUAAUUUGUAUAAGCGAGGGCGUUUAUAUCAUGAAAUGAAUGACUAAUUGUUUCAAUUUUACAAUGACUGUGAUAUAUACGUGCAAUAUAAUUUAAUUUAUAUAUAUUUAUUUCUAUUUAAACUUAAUUUAUUGAAUUGUUUUAAUAAGGUAUGAUACCGUCCAAAGGCAUUUAAAUAAUAAUUUUAAUGUAAUUAUUUAUUUAUUUUUUCCAAUAUUUAUUUCAUCUGAAUCACCUUUACUACUUUUAUCAUAAUUAGCAUCCAUCAUUUGCAAAGUAGAAUAUUUACUCAUACUAAUUACACUGACAUGCCUUCUUAUAUGACUCACACAUAUAUCUUAAUUAUCUAUGAUAUAAUUGACCUUUAUUAUGUCUUCGGGUGAUAUAUUGGUUACUUUCUGCAGCAGAUACUGUACUUUUAAUUUAAUAUUGACCCUAAUGAUUAGUUUUGCAAUUUGAGGACAUAUCAGGAUUUUGGAUGUUUAAUACCAUAUGCUAUCAUAAUAAAUUACGAAGCAAAUGGGAUACUAUAAUUAGCUCCACUUUGUGGCCAUGCCUUAAUAUAGAAAAGAAUGCAAAAUUAAAAUACGUAAUGCCCAAAAUAAAUUGUCAAUCAAAUUAAAUAUUCCGGCAUAAAGUUUUGACAAUUCUCGUAAAAUUUUGACAAAUGAAAUAAAAAAAGAUAUUUAAAAGAAUAUAAUAAAAUAAAAAUAUCUGACAUAAAAUUAAUUAACAAAUUCAAGAGAAAAAACGGAAAAGGCUAGGCACUAAUGAAGACGCUGAAUUUUGAAGUAACAAUACCUUUAUAGAAAUAAUAGUAAAGAUAGAACACCUUAUAGUUUUUCUACUUCCUUUACAAGAGUAAAUAGGUUUAGAUCUAGGUUGUAUCUUUGGUGAUUCAUGAUGACAAAUUCAGUUAGUGACAUAUGUUCGAAAUUCAUCAUUUUGUUACCAAGUCUCGUGUUUCCUUGUUCCCUUAUGUAAACUUUUUAACAAUUUCCUUUCAUCAUGUGAUGAAAUAAUGUAUGACUGAAGUCUCAUUUUCUAAACUUCUUUCUAGAUUCUAAUUGGUUAUGGUAAGGAUAUAGUUUUAAAAGGGAAAUCAUUUACAGAAGGAUGCAACACUUAAUUUAACAUAUUUAUAUAAUCACUGUCUCUUUCUAUUCAUAGCUUACUCGUGACCUUGUUGGAUCAUAAUUAUUAUGUUGAAUAGAUUGUUGUAGCAAUACAGUUGAUUUGUUAGCUUUGAAAUUCUUGGUCGAGUUGAUUUUACAUCGGUAAUUUAUCUUCAUUUUGUUAACAAUGAAACAAGAAAUUUGCAUAGAAAAUCGUUGGCCAUUAAAGUGUUUUGCCUAUUUAUCUAGAUUUAUGGCUCACGUUAUGUUCCCAUUCAACGUAAAAUAUCUAUUGUCUCAUUAAAUUAAUAUAUUUAUUACCAUAGAAACAGUAAUGCUCACUUUAUGUCAAAUUAUUUAUUGAACACAUUCAUUGGUUUAUUUGAUAUUUGUUUUGUUGUUAUUCACUCUGUUAUACAUUUAUAUUUUUGUCCAUUUUUGCGCCUAUUUAUUUUUCAUUUUCUUCCAUAAUCACUCCAUUUCAUAAUUGUCAUUAUUGCGUUAUUCCAAAGCUCACUGUUAAAUCCAUAUUGUUUGCAUUGCCAUUGCUUUAAUUUUUAUGAAAUAUAUGUCUAAA